AGCGGAGAUGUGCAUCAGACUUCUACGGAACAAAGCGGAAUACCGGAUAUUACAGAAAAGACCGGGGCACGUUUCGCUUUGGAACGCGAUCACGGGGGAAUUCGAGCAGCUCGAGGCGCUAAAGUCGAACAACACCGCUUUCUGCAGCGUUAACGCAAUAAACGAUUUGCGCGGCAAGACCCUCGUCGUCGCCACGGAUCUCAUCUAUCCAUUUGUCAUCGUAAACCUACACAAGAAAGAGGUCACAGGAAUCGUAGGAGACAUUUGGACGAUCUUGGAAGAAACUUUAAAGUUCAAGACGAUUUACCGAAGAGCGGGACGGUCGAUCAACGCGACGCUGAUGAAUGGAGAUACUCACGCACUGCUGAGCCCCACGGCGAUGCAUAUGUACGCCACGACCCAUUACGCCUACAGCGUACCGUUCACGACCAACUCAUACGCUCUAUUUGUUCGAUCGGACGCGGACGGUGCGAUUGACACAAAGUGGUGGUACAUCAAUACCUUCAGCCGCGACUUAUGGCUGGCGUUUUCUAUAACCAUCGUAUGUAUCGCAUGUAGCAUCGUGGGAGUAUAUCGUGUAAAAAAGCUCGUGCAUGUUCACUACGAGGAAUGCGAUGACGAGCUGUCCUCGCUGUCUUUCAAUCUUCUUCACGUUUUGGGUUUUGGUCAAGGAUUUCAGAAAAUACCGAAAAGCUUGUCGCUCCGAUUAAUAAUCUUGUCCUCUCUGGUGAUGGGAAUGUUGAUGACAUGCGGAUUCAGCAGCAAUCUCGCUUCUUGCCUGGCGAAUAAAGGAAACUCCGUUUCCCUGACUAAUCUCGAAGACGUGGCGAAGAAAAGGACGCACUCGCUUUGUAUUAGGAACGACAGCACCGCAUAUGUCCACUUUACCGUGGAUGGAUUGCCGGAAAGCGAGCUUCAGGCCAAGUGGAAAAAGUUAUUGAAUCGUCACUGUCCCGACAUGAGUGACACCGAGGCUCUCGCGUCGAAAUUGUGCCGUCGCGGUUUCGCCUACUUGGAGGCACCGGCCAUAUUUCUACCGAUUUAUCGCAAAGUUCAGCACGAGUGUGACAUCGUACAACUGCCUGACGAUUACUGGAGUCUGAGACUGACGUUUCUGCACGCCAGAGCGGCGCGACACCGUAAACUCAUUGAUAGUUAUUUGAUGCGUAUGCGUUCGGUUGGGAUAAUGAAUUAUCUUGAGAAGAAGUGGAUCUCACAACGAAUUUAUAGUGAAUCCAAUUAUCGUCAAUCGAACAGUUUCCAACCGGUGGAAUACAUGCACGUUCGUUUAACUAACAUGUUCUUCUUCACGACGAUGAUUAUCAGCGUGCUCAUCUGCAUUUUGGAAAACAUCUGGUAUAAACUACAACACACGCGGAAAUUCAAGAAGAACAUUUCUAAUUCGAUAUUACUGGGAACAGGUGAUAACAAUUUGAACAUAACGAAGAGUUACAAAAUAAGAUCGCGACGCAAAUGGCAUCGGAAAUUCAACUCGAUAUUGUUAUCGGAAAGUAUAAAGAAUCCAAAAUUUCUUCGGAACGUCACAGUACGAAUUAACCGAUGGUGAAUAUAAUUAACAUUUGCAGCUAUAAAUGUAUAAAUCCAAGAAUGUCGAAAUCAAUAUUAUCUCCGCGCUUUCAACAAACAAGAUAAAUCAUAUGAGAUCGAUGUCCUUUAGCAUUUUGAAAAUUAUAUAUACACUUGAUAAAAAUAUUAUGUCACACGGUAUCAUUUACCUUGUUAAUUAUUCUUUUACAUAUGCUUUCCUAAUUAUGCUUUUAAUUUGGAAGAAAAUUUGUAUUAAGAAUAUCUCUUAGAAAUCUUCAUUAAAAGAAUAAAU